AUGCCUGGACCGUGUUCACCGUACUUACCUGACUCUGACCUUAAGGCAGACUGGUCCGAGUCAGAGUCAAAGUCAGAGGCCGAGUCCAAGUCAGAGUCAGAGUCCAUUCCUGGACCGUGUUCACCUUACUUACCUGACUCGGACCCUAAGGCGGACUGGUCCGAAUCAGAGUCAGAGUCAGAGGCCGAGUCCAAGUCAGAGUCAGAGGCCGAGUCCGAGUCAGAGUCCAUGCCUGGACCGUGUUCACCUUACUUACCUGACUCGGACCCUAAGGCGGACUGGUCCGAGUCAGAGUCCAAGUCAGAGGCCGAGUCCAUUCCUGGACCGUGUUCACCUUACUUACCUGACUCGGACCCAAAGGCGGACUGGUCCGAGUCAGAGUCCAAGUCAGAGGCCGAGUCCGAGUCAGAGGCCGAGUCCGAGUUAGAGUCAGAGUCCAUUCCUGGACCGUGUUCACCUUACUUACCUGACUCGGACACCAAGGCACAUUGGUCCGAGUCAGAGUCAGAGUCAGAGGCUGAGUCCGAGUCCGAGUCAGAGUCAGAGUCAGAGUCCAUGCCUGGACUGUGUUCACCUGACUCGGACCCUAAGGCGGACUGGUCCGAGUCAGAGUCCAAGUCAGAGGCCGAGUCCGAGUCAGAGGCCGAGUCCGAGUUAGAGUCAGAGUCCAUUCCUGGACCGUGUUCACCUUACUUACCUGACUCGGACACCAAGGCACAUUGGUCCGAGUCAGAGUCAGAGUCAGAGGCUGAGUCCGAGUCCGAGUCAGAGUCAAAGUCAGAGGCCGAGUCCGAGUUAGAGUCCAUGCCUGGACCGUGUUCACCUUACUUACCUGACUCGGACCCUAAGGCGGACUGGUCCGAAUCAGAGUCAGAGUCAGAGGCCGAGUCCAAGUCAGAGUGA